GAGAAUCACGUUUUUCCAACGUUAACGCCUGAUUUGAUCUUUGACUCAAAAGGGUCCGAAUCUCAUCAGAAAACGUAAGCAAUGGCGAAGAAGAAUGGAGUGACGAUGGAAGUUGGGGAAGAUGGUGUUGCUGUGAUCACCAUUUCGAACCCUCCUGUUAACUCUUUGUCCAGCCCAAUUCUUUCUGAGUGGAAUGAGAAGCUUCAAGAAGCUAAUAAGAGGAGUGAUGUUAAGGCCAUCGUCUUGACCGGGAAAGGUGGAGUAUUCUCUGGUGGUUUUGACCUUAAUAUCUUCCACCAAGUUCAUAAGACUGGUGAUAUGUCGCUUAUGCCUGAUAUAUCCUUUGAUCUUGUGGGCACGCUGAUGGAAGACUCUAGGAAGCCCAUUGUUGCUGCAGUUGAAGGAGUAGCUCUUGGUGGUGGUUUUGAACUGGCACUGGCGUCUCAUGCUCGUGUUGCUGCUCCUAAAGCUCAACUAACCUUACCGGAGCUGACACUUGGACUUAUUCCAGGCUUUGGAGGAACCCAACGUCUUCCUAGACUAGUAGGCCUUGCUAAAGCAAUUGAUAUGAUACUGCUUUCCAAGUCGAUAUCGUCAGAGGAGGGGCAUAAACUGGGUCUCAUUGAUGCUUUGGUGCCUCCUGGAGAUCUGUUGAGCACGUCAAGAAAGUGGGCUCUAGACAUUGCACUUGAACGAAAACCCUUUUUGCGCUCACUAUACAGGACGGACAAGAUUGGUUCUUUAUCUGAAGCUCGUGCUAUAUUGAAUAACGCAAGACAACUAGCUAAGAAAAUAGCCCCAAAUAUGCCUCAACACCAUGUUUGCAUUGAUGUGAUUGAAGAAGGAAUCAUCCAUGGCGGAUACAGUGGGAUUCUUAAGGAAGGAGAAGUUUUCAAGCAGUUAAUACCGUCAGACACUGUAAAGGCGCUUGUUCAUGUUUACUUUGCACAGCGUGCAAUAUCAAAGGUGCCUAAUGUAACUGACGUUGGAUUGAAACCGAGACCAAUGAAAAAAGUUGCAGUUAUUGGUGGAGGUCUGAUGGGUUCCGGCAUCACUACUGCUCUACUCUUAAGCAAUAUAAGAGUUGUGCUCAAAGAAAUAAACUCAGAAUACCUUCUGAAGGGAAUAAACUCAGUUGAAGCAAAUCUCAAUAGCUUGGUGUCCAGGGGAAAACUGACACAAGAUAAAGCAGAGAAGGCAUUUUCUUUGCUCAAGGGAGUACUAGACUACACAGAUUUCAAAGAUGUGGACAUGGUCAUAGAGGCAGUGAUUGAAAACAUUGAGUUGAAACAGAAGAUAUUCAUAGAAAUCGAAGAGGCAUGUCCAUCACAUUGCAUAUUGGCGAGCAAUACAUCAACCAUCGACCUCAACGUGAUAGGAGAAAAAACUAACUCAAAAGAUCGCAUUGUUGGCGCACAUUUCUUCAGCCCGGCGCAUAUUAUGACACUUCUAGAGAUAGUCCGUACAGAGAAUACUUCUCCGCAAGUGAUUCUUGAUCUCAUGGCGCUUGGAAAGGCCAUAAAGAAAGUUCCAGUGGUGGUUGGAAACUGCAUAGGCUUUGCAGUGAAUAGAACAUUCUUUCCGUAUGCACAAGCUGCACAUACGUUGGUCAAUCUCGGUGUUGACUUGUUCAGAGUGGACAAUGUUAUUACCUCUUUCGGUUUGCCCUUGGGUCCUUUCCAGCUAGGUGAUUUGGCUGGACACGGUAUUGCAAUAGCAACUAAGGAUAUAUAUGACAAGGCCUUUGGUGACCAGAUGUUCAGGUCUCCAUUGACUGAGCUUCUGCUUAAGAGCGGGCGAAACGGCAAAAUCAAUGGGAGAGGAUACUAUAUAUACCAAAAAGGAAGCAAACCAAAACCAGAUCCAUCAGUGCUUUCAGUUGUUGAGGAAUCAAGGACGCUUACCAAUAUCAUGCCUGGUGGGAAGGCUAUAACAGUAACUGAUAAAGAUAUUGUAGAGAUGAUCUUGUUCCCUGUGGUUAACGAGGCGUGCCGUGUCUUAGAUGAAGGAGUUGUGAUCAGAGCCUCAGACUUGGAUGUUGCGUCUGUUCUAGGAAUGAGUUUUCCUUCUUACCGCGGUGGAGUUCUUUUUUGGGCAGACACAGUUGGACCGAAGUACAUAUAUGAAAGGCUCAAGAGAUUAUCAGAGACUUAUGGCGGCUUUUUCAAACCGUCCAAGUAUCUGGAGGAAAGGGCAAUGAGAGGAAUGCUUUUGAGUGAUCCGAAAUCAUCAAGGUCUCGGCUGUAAAUGCACAAGAAAAGGGAGAGCUUAAAAGAAGUGAGCAAAAUAACAUAAGUUUAUGAAGAAAGAGAGGCUGAAGGAGUGAAGGUGUUCAUUCAUGAAUCAUAAUCAGAAAUAAUAAACAAUGUUGUUUCAUAAUUAAACCAUCAACAUAAAUUUACAGGGAAAUAAACCAAUUCAUACAUCAACAGAGGGUCGCGGUUCCGAUUA